UCUAAAUAUGCUGUACAUUGUCACCCAGAGUGUGAUUACAAUGGGGGUGAAAGACCGCCCUCAGUGUUACUUUGAUGUGGAGCUCAACCGGGAGCCAGUUGGGCGAAUAGUCUUUCAACUCUUUUCGGAUGUUUGUCCCAAGACAAGCAGAAACUUUCUGUGUUUGUGCACUGGUGAAAAGGGAACCGGCAAAGUCACAGAGAAAAAGCUGUGCUACAAAGGCUCCACGUUUCACAGAGUUGUAAAGAACUUUAUGGUCCAGGGAGGCGACUUCACCGAAGGAAAUGGAAGAGGAGGAGAGUCCAUAUUCGGAGGCUACUUCGAAGAUGAGAACUUCCUUCUCAAACACGACAAAGCCUUCCUGUUGUCGAUGGCCAACCGUGGGAAGGACACCAACGGUUCACAGUUCUUCAUCACAACCAAGGUGGCGCCUCAUCUCGAUGGAGUCCACGUCGUCUUCGGUCUGGUCAUCUCCGGCUUUGAGGUGAUAAAGAAGGUGGAGGGGCUGAAGACUGAUUCAGCCAGCAGACCCUACGCUGACGUGAGAGUGAUGGACUGCGGACAACUUAUCACUAAGUCCGCUAACGAUGUACUUGAAGGCAAGAGGAAAAGAACCUCUCAUUCUGCUGACUCGUCCCUCAAUUCCCAAGACUCGUCCUCUCAGUUCUCGUCUUCGUUUGGAUCUGAAUCAGACGAACAGCACAAACAUCACAAGCACAAGAGACAAGCGAGGAGUAAACGGUCUAAAAGGAAAAGGAGGGAAUCAAAGGAGAAGAACAUUGAUGUUCUACCCUCCAAGCAAAGCUCUCCCAGUCCUGUGGAAAGUGAGAUUCUGCAGGGAGACAUUGAAGCGGAGGGAGAGAAGGAGCCGAGUGGGAGGAGAGAGAAGCUCGUCGUCCGACCGGAGGAAAUCCCACCGGUGCCGGAGAACCGCUUCCUGCUGCGACGGGACAUGCCAUCUCAGGAAGUUAAAACAGAGAUAGUCGAGAAAGAAGAAACGUCUCUUUCAACUGAACCGAAACCAGCAGUCUCUAAGUCCGGACGAAAGAUCAAAGGCAGAGGAACAAUGAGAUAUCACACCCCAACAAGGUCUAAAUCACGCUCUGCAUCGGUGGAAGAACGUGGUAGCAGUGAAACUCCGCCGCACUGGAAAGAAGAGAUGAAGAGAACCAAAGUUUAUCAACCGCCGAGCAUCGAGAGAUGGACCAAAGGAGACAAAUUGAAUGACCAUUCCUCAAGCAGAUGGGACAACAGAAGCGACUCUGCAUGGUCCCGGUCUCCACCACACUCUUCAGACCGCAGCUCUGAGAGGUCCAGCCUGCACCGCCAACAGAAAAAAGAGAAGAAGAAAGCCAAACACAAGAAAAAGGCCAAAAAAGGGAAACGUGGGAAGAAGAAGAGCUCCAAGAACAAACCUCAAGAGCCUUUACCGUCAGUGGGUGACAGGCCAGUGUCUUCAGAAAGAAAGUCCAGAAGAUCCCGCUCUCCAUCCCGCUCCUCGUCAAAUCAGCAUGAUUCGUCAACUCGAAGGAGACGGCGGUCCUCGCUAUCUUUCAGAGUCUCACGGUCCUACUCUAGAUCCUACGCAUCCAGUCAGUCAAGAUCUAGAGGGAGGUCUAGGUCUUAUUCAAGAUCAAGAAGCCUUUCUAGGUCUAGAAGUCGGUCUUUGUCUAGAUCCAGAUCUCAAUCCUACUCUAGAUCCCGAUCAAGAUCCAGGUACAGAUCUAGGUCUUUGUCUCCAUCCAGAAAGAAGAGUUCAUCCAGAUCCCCAAGAAAGAGGAAAUCCAGAAAGCCAAAAGCUGACGCCAUGAUGCCCAAGAAGCUUCCAGACAGCAAAGUCACGCCUGUCCCCAGACUCCCGAGUGUCCCGGCUCCUGAAAUUGCCCCUGUGAUCCCAAUGAGCGACAGUCCCCCUCCCUCGCGCUGGAAACCCGGUCAAAAGCCCUGGAAGCCCUCUUACAUCCACAUUCAGGAGAAUAAAGUGAAAGUAGCUCCCAGCUUCUCCACUGGACAAACAGUCGGUAGUGUUACAGAAAAAGCUCAGACUUCCGCUACACCAAAGUGUCUGCCGGGUGACAAACCUGCGGGGCUCUCACACAGCAGGUCCUCUAGAAGCAAGUCCUACAGUCGCUCAAGGAGCAGAAGUUAUAGUCGGUCAAGAUCCCCUCAUCAGUACAACAGCAGGUCCUCCUCCUGCAGCAGAUCAGACUCUGAAAACUCCCAGAAAACAUGUAGCAACAAGAAGAAUUCACUAGACAAGGAAUGGAAAGAGUAUUACAGCUCUCUGAGGAGGGUAAAAAAUGUAGAUAAGUACAUUUCACUCGACAGUACUCAAGAUGUUCAGUCGGGAUCGGAGAAGAGGGCAGGCUGUGAAAAUAGUCCGGAUAUCAGUGUCUCAAAGACAAAUGUGUCACAGGAUCAGGAGACGAAGCAGUGCAGCUCAAUGCCGGCGGAGUGCUUUAAUAGCAGGUGUGAAUGGGAUAGUGACAGUGAUAGAGUGAGCCAAAGCAAUAGUGCUGCCUUGUCUAAAAAGCAGAAACAAGCGGUUCAGUCUAGUGAAUCUGUUGACAAGAAGUUGUCCGCUCUUACUGCUUGGAAUUCAGAAAGCGAUUCAGAAAAUAUAGCCUCCAGGAUAUUGGCUAUAUCUGAAAAAGAGGAAGGAGAGGCUAGUUCAGAAUCAGAAUAUGAGACUUCCAGGAAGACGUCAGAGGCUGUGGUUGCGCUGGCACCCAAGAUUUCUGCUGCUGCUGCUUCUGUCCGGCCAGAGAAAAGUCCCGAGAAGGCAGCAGAACCAGAGAAGCACAAGAGCAAGAAGAAGGCCAAACGUAAGCAUAAACGCAAAAGAAGAAGAGAGAGCAGUAAGGACAAAGGAAAGAGAUCGAAGAGGAAACAUCAGAAGCUCAAAGAGACUUUUCACUGGCAGCCUCCUUUGGAGUUCGGAGAGGAGGAAGAGGAGGAUGAAUCAAAACGAGAGAAACAUAGUCCUGGUAGAGUUGUCAAAGAAAGGCCUGGGGUAGACGGUAUGAAUGAAAAACUAACCUCUUUAAACAAGAAUCCUAAACAAGAAAAGAAGAGGGUGCAACAGAGAGCAAAGGAAUGUAUCAACAAAAACCCAAAACACACUGAAUCUCAUCUUCAGACAUCCAACAGGAACGGUGCUGAUUGCCCCGGUAUCACAGAGCAACAGUCUUUAGAUGAUAUGGACAUUUGUACCCCCGAGCAUGAGGCUGAGAUUGUAGAACCUCAAGUUACACAGUUGAAUAACGCCGCGGGGUUAACACUAAAAUCUACCUCAAAGUCUUUAGAGAUGCCAAGUGGAGAUGAUGCUUUACCUCAUAGCAGAGAACCGCCUUCUCUUACCUCCACGGCAGCUGCUGGACUGCAAGACGAAUCCACCGGCAAACCUACUGGCACUGCGGUUCAUUUCAAAUGGAGGCCUUUGAAAGGAAUGUCUGCUCUACAGAACGUGAAUGUGCCGCCCGUCACCGCAAAAACCGCCCACCUUCAAGAGAGCCAGAACACCAACGCGCAGGGCGUGAGAAUGGAGAUAAAAAGCCAAAGCCGAGUCCGACCGGGAUCUCUGUUCGAUGAGGUUCGUAAGACGGCGCGGCUAAACCAGAGGCCGAGGAACGAGGAGAGCUCCAGCGAGGAGAGAUCCCCGUCUGUGGGAAAUACACGGGGGACGUCUCGCGCGCGGUCCCCGAAGAAGAAGUCACGCUCCGAUCCCAGCCACCGGUCCCGCUCCAGAGGCUGGUCCCACUCCUCCAGCAGGUCCAGGAGUAGAUCCCGCAGCUCCAGCUACUCCUCCAGGAGCCGUAGUAGGAGUCGGAGGAGACGGGGAAGAGGGCGGUCCCGCUCUCGUAGCACCACAUAUCGAACUUACAGGAGUCACAGUCGGACGUACAGUAGAAGUCAUUCCAGGAGUCGCUCGUAUAAUCGCCGUCGGAGAUCGAGGUCAGACUCCUAUGACAGUUAUUCCAGUCGGAGUCGCAGUGCGAGCAGGAGACGCGGGCGCAGACGAAGUGACAGCUACAGGAGCUCGCACCGCCGAUCCCGGUCGUACCGUUCCUCCAGCCGCAGCUCUUCCAGGCGCAGUCACAGCCGCAGCAGCCGGUACAGUUGAGCCUCGGGCAGGUUGUCGCCUUUAAUUUGGCUAAAAAGAAACAAAAAAAAACGCUAAGUCUGGACACUGUGCACGCACAAAAGCAAUUACCGUUAUCAUCACAGAUCAGCAACUAAAGCUCCAGGAGGGAAGCGUUGUAUUCCACCUUGUUAACAGUUUAAUUAUGUACUGUAUGGCAGUCUUUAAGGAAACGAAUGUUGUAGAAUGUAAAUAAAUAAACCACUUCACAAACUUA